AUGGAUCCCUUACCGCAGCCUGUUCUUCCCAAAUUCGAACUUGAAGCAAAGCUUCGUCAUGAAAACUCCUUGAUCAUGAGCGGUGUGCUUCGAGACGAGAACCCACUCGAUACCAGUGAUGAUUUUAACGAAUUUCUCGAGGCAUGUCGGCGUGGAGACUUGGCAAGAUGUCAGGAGCUCAUGUCGGCAGGCGUCAAUAUCAACGGGAAAGACGCUUUUGAUUAUACGCCGCUCAUUGUGGCAAGUGGAUGUGGUCACUUUGAUCUCGUGCGACUGCUGCUUGAGGCUGGCGCUGUUGCUGAGAGAAACACAUUUUCCGGGGAGCGGUGCAUCUACAAUGCACUCAACGACAAGAUCCGCAAGCUGUUGAUCCAAUACGACUACUCCAAAUCAAUCGACCCUCUGCAACCCUGGUCCUCGUACAUAAGCUCUCUGCUCACAAUGGACCGGCCAAAAACCACCAACAUCUCGCUAGUGAGGGAGGUGAGCCAAGGUUGUGAUGCCGCCAACUUUGAGCUGCACAAAUUCCUUCUGGCCGCCAGGUCACCAUAUUUCGGAAAGAAGCUCCUUGCAAUGCCGGACAUAAAGUCAUGGAAACUGGCCCCUGCGAUACCUAUAGAGUCGUAUCGCAUCGUUAUUCGAUACUUGUACCUUGAGGAACUGCUACCCAGGGACUUUGCCGGUGCUGGCGGUGCCGGUGCAACCAAGGAGCAGAUUUUUAAGGGAAUUGACAAGGUCUGCCGCUCGCUCGAAGUCGAGCAUCUAUGGGACACGGUCGACUCGGCCAGUGACCGGAGGUUAGCCCGACAGCGUUACCAGGACGAGGCGCAGCGUGCCCAAGCUCAGAUUGAGCAAUUUUACAAAGAACAUGUUAUUGGUGGUAAAAUUGUUGUCGAAACCGACAAAGCACACGACGUGAAAGUGCAGCCUGAUAAUCCCGCUUUUGCGGAUUGCUUGUUGCAGGCAGACGAGCCCGAGGCGCCGGAGGAGGCGAGCAUUGUCGCAAGCGAUUCAAAUGGCAAAGAAAACCGCAAUGGCAGCAGCAUCCCUGUUGGGCCUGUCAGCGACGCCCCUGUCAACGGCCGAGCACCAAGACGAUCCGUUAUUUAUCCUGUGCACAAAGCAAUGCUCGUCCGCAGUCCUUACUUUCAUACAAUGUUCACAGGUCCGUUCCUCGAAGCGCAAGACUCGGACGAUCUGCAUAUAAUCAAGGUCGAUUGCAGUCCCCAAGUACUCGAAGUCGUGCUGUCGUUCCUAUACACCGACAAGGCAGAUUGCGGCUUGGAUAUUGCCCUGGACCUGCUCUAUGCGGCAGACAUGCUCCUCUUGGACCGUCUCAAGACCAAAGCAGCAGGGCUCAUCAGCUCUCUCGGCAGCGGCAGCAAGAAGAAGGAGGAUGGGAAAAAAGGCACAGCUCAGGACGUCGGUGGCGUCGAGGUCGAACCGAUCAACGUUUACGACGUCAUACGCGCGGCUUGGGAUCUAAACGUACAGAGGUUGGAGGAGUUUGCAGCACGCUACAUCGCCGCGAGGCUGGAGAGCUACAUUGACGAGCCCGAGUUUGCCGAGAUGAUCCAGGAGAGUGCCAGCAGGAUCAAGAACCGUGAGGAGACGGACACUAUCGAGCUGCUCGACGACAUUCGCUACUACCUCUCAGAGCGGUUCCGCAUGCGUUUCGAGGAUGCCGGGUGGGAGGAGAUGAUGGAUGAGAAUGCGAACCCACAAGCGGAUGGUGGCGUUGUGACUGAACAGCAAGUCCUUUCGGAUCAAGAAAAGGGGAAACAGCCGACAGAUUCGGCGGUUCCGAAGAGCGAGUGGAUCAGGACCCUUGAUGGAACGUUUGUGGAGGACGAGUUUGAAGCCGAGGAGGCAAACUAUCAAAUCUUGGAGGGUAAGAUUGAUGAGCUACUAGAUCGACUUAAGUUAGACGCGUGAUGCUGUCGGCCGCGCAAGGUCGCCGUGGCAUGCGCAAAGAUAGAGAGAAAUAGAUGUACUUCAAGACCAUCAAUACGAUUAUUUGGA